AUGGGACACGAAGUCAAUCCCAGCCCGCGUGCUCAAUCUUCAUCUGCCGCCUUCCUUCAUCAUCUUCAUACCAAUCCAUCUUCUCAUCAUAUCACACUCUCUGCCAGCAGCCAGGGUGGUGGUCCCUCGUCGUCACCUAGAUCAGUCACCCUUCCAUUAGAGCCUGGGGAGGGAAGCAAAAUCAAUAGGUCCCCCACCAAAUCCACGACAUUUCCCUUGUCCCAAGCUGCUGCCGGCCCCUCUAAUAUGAGUGGGAUUGGCUCCCUAGAGAGGAAAUCAUCAGGAAAGAGAGUCAGACCCAAAACUGCACCCGGAAGGGAAGAACUGUAUCCUGCAUCAUCCCCGAACCUGGAUCGCAACUCAGUGCCUUCCCCCUCUGAAUCGCAAGAACACCUUGCUCAACUCGCUAACUCGCAAGAUUCGUGCAUCGCUGCGUUUGCUCAAGAUGAGUCAGGAUUGUCAGAAGCUAUGGACUUGCUCUCCGUAGCUAACGGAGGUGAAAUGAAAAAACAGACGUUGUUAUUAGGAAGGGCUGGGUCGCUAGCUGGGUCUGGUUCGAGUGAAGCCCCUGCAGCUUCAAUGUCCUGGAAAUCUUUCUCUCAUGCGUACGCUCAUGGCUUGUUCGAUCCCAACAAGAUCCCUAUUCCUCCGCAAUCGGAUGUUUCCCCAACAGCCAUUCACUCCACUCAUUCUUCUCCUGGCAAAACAUACGCCCCGACACUGCCGUCGAAUUUCAACGAAGUCACGAGCAGUUCUGAAGGAUAUAGUUCGAAAAGUUCCGGUGGUUCGACAAUGACAUCCGUUAGUUCAGCUCCGUCGACAUCAGCAGGCUCAGUCAAUAAGCCUGGGUCAAUGGCAGCCGCAUUGGCAGCGAGAAAGAAAGCUUUCGAGUUGGAACACUUGGCACAUCGACCUUCAGAUGCCAUUCUGCGUCCAGACAAACUCACGCUUCCAUCGUAUUCCCUUGCCGCGGCUACCGUCCGAAUGGCUUCUUCAGGAUUGCGAGAUUCGGACUUCGCUCCACUAUCCAUGCCCAGUCCUGAAAGGGAAUUACUGGACCCAAUGGCUUCUUUUGUUUCUCCUGAUUCGGGAAGCACCAUGCGCGAUAGUGCCAGCUCCGAUCCUGGUUCAUCGAGGUAUCCUCUUCACCGCAGCAUGUCCAGCGCGGUCGGCACCAAUCCCGCCAGUACACUACGAUUGCCGACCAUCCAAGCGAGUCCUGUCAGUACCCCGAAUGAACCGCACGGAAAAGGGAAAGCGAGAGCAGGGAGGGAUUCAUCACCUCAGCAAGCACGUUUAGGCGUUGUCAACAGCCGGAUUCCACCCGCGUCGGCGCCAUUAGAGAAAAGAGGCGAGAAAGCCGACACGCCUACUGAUUACUUCGGCUCCGCCUCCCCGGUCACUGGCAGCUCAGGAUCUUCCUCUUCCAUUGCAGAUGACCCAACACCGAAAAACUUGUCAAAAGCUCCUGAUCCACCUUCCAAAUCAACUCCCCCUCGGUCCAGUACUGAGAGAAUUCCCGAACUUGCAACUGCACAAGACAUUGGACCCCUCUUCGAAAAAGUAGGAUGGUUAGCUGCGCCAGUCCCACCAGACGAAGUGGCCCGACGUCGAGCUUUAUACCGUUUCAACAUUCUUCAUACGACCGCCGACUUGAACUUUGAUCGCAUAGCUCAUAUGACCAAACUUGUCUUUAACCCUAAGAUUGUGUUGAUCGCUUUGAUAGACAGCGACACUCAAUGGCACAAGACCCAGAGCGGACUUGGAGUAGAAGAAUCUGCCAGGAUAUCGAGCUUCUGCAGUCACUCGGUGUCCGACGAACCAUUUGUUGUCCUUGAUACUAAAAUGGACUGGAGAUUUGAAAAUAACCCACAGGUCAUUGGACCGCCGCACAUCCGUUUCUACGCCGGUGCGCCGUUACGCACAGCGGAUGGGCAUAAUGUCGGCAGUCUGUGCAUCAUCGACGACAAGCCUCGAGCAGAAUUCCCUCCCAGAUCAAGGUUGAUAUUGAAGGAGUUCGCAGCUAUCGCUAUGAGAGAGAUGGAGCUAUGGCGAGACAAGAUUUCAAUGGAAAAGUUCACUCGAGAGUGCCUUGAGAUGGAUGUGACAUCUUCUUCAUCGAACGCCGAAGCAGCAGCCAAAAUGGACAAGGUCUACAGCCGUGCAGCCCAGUUGGUUUGCUCUACUCUGGAUAUGGAUGGAUGUUUUAUCCUCGAUAUAAGUCAAAUCGAGAUGACACAGGUCGAAACUUCAACAGGUAAACAAACGGUAUAUCGUGCCGAUCCUUACAGCUCGGGUGAACAGCAGUCACCGGUAUUGGAACGGAAUGAGGCCUUUGGACCUGUGAACCCAUUCCCUUUACUUGCUACUGUAUCCAACUCAACGCCUCCUACUCGCGCCUUGAGCCCAAAUGAACACGAAAAGUUGUCCGAAUUCUUACGGGAUUAUCGAGAUGGCAAGAUUUUCGAAAGCAUCGCUCCAACCUGGAUUCGCUAUCUUUUCCCUUCAUUGUUCAGGUAUGGAAUGGUAGUUCCGGUCUACGGCGUCGAUCAGCAACCAUUCGCCAUGAUAUGUGCUUACUCCACGAACAAGUCAAAACAGUUCUUGGAAGGAUACGAGCUUCAGUUCUUGCGAGCUAUAGGUGUCAUCAUACUGUCCGCCGUGCUGAGACGACGAAUGGUAUUAGCCGACAAAACCAAGAGCGUAUUAAUAUCAUCUGUCAGUCAUGAACUUCGAACUCCCUUGCACGGUAUUCUAGCAGCCGCGGAACUGCUCAGCGACACAGCACUCGACUCUAAUCAACAAGCAUUUUUGAAGACCGUGCAGACUUGCGGUAACUCCUUGAUAGAGACUGUCAAUCACGUACUGGAUUUCACGAAACUCUCCGGAUCACAGAGCGGCAAGCAGGCUAUACACAAACUUGGAAAGGUCGACCUAUCGGCUCUAGUAGAACAAACAGUCGAAGGAUGCUGGAUCGGUCAAAGGGCUAGAUUCUUUAUGGGUGAUGCUGAUAUUGGAAGUUUCUAUGCUCCGCCGACCUCGAGUGGUUUAGUACCAAGGUCACAAAGAGCUGUUGUGGGAGAGAAACUGUCACAUGUUGAGACUGUUAUAGAUAUCGACCAAAGGGAGAAAGGAUGGAUGGUGAGAUGCGAAAAAGGUGGUCUACGACGGGUUCUCAUGAAUCUUGUCGGAAACUCGUUCAAGUUUACCACCGAUGGAUAUGUCCAAAUCACUCUACGAGAGAUGCCGCAUCCACCAGGUGCCAAGUCGGUCCCCGUAGAGAUGGCAGUGAUUGAUACCGGAAAGGGUAUUGGCAAAGACUUCUUAAAGGAUCAACUGUUCCACCCUUUCUCUCAAGAGAAUCCGUUACAAACAGGUACUGGUUUAGGACUUGCCAUUGUAAACUCUAUCGUACGGUCCGAAAGUGUCAAUGGCAAGGUAGAUGUCUGGUCUUCUGAGGGAAUGGGAACGGAAAUCAGGGUUUCAUUCGAAGUGGAAGUGGUCGAUGACGACGAUGAUGCUUCUUCAACCUCGUCCGAGGUGUCAAAUAGCGCUGCGUCCGCAUUUGGUCACGGACUCACCGUUUCAUUCGUUGGAUUCAGCCCGGAACAUAGUGGACAUCGACUUUCUUUGGAGGUACUAUCCAUGUAUGUCAACUCAUGGCAAUUCGGUAUCAUGGACGAUCCUUCACUGGCCGAUGUAAUCGUGAUCAAUGACGAUGAGAACCUGUUGAACCGAUAUGGGAACAGUGGUAAACCGUUAUUGUAUACAGUCUCAACUAGAGGUUCAGAUACCAACAAAUUGCCCACGAUGCUGAAUGACUUAGGUGGAUUCUGUGGUACUGUGUAUAAACCCAUUGGGCCGAGCGCAUUGCAUCAAACAUUAAGAAGAGCAAUUCAAUGGAUAGAAGACCGUCAAAAUGGUAUUGACCAUACUGUAGAUUAUCGUUCAAUGAACGGAUUGGAUACUAUCGGAUAUAACGAACGCGAAAGACCAUCAAUAUCAAGAGGGUCUUCUGGAGCUUCGGCGGAGAGUAAUUCAACCAUCAGUGAACUAUCUUCCGUCAGAUUCGCCCAGCCUUUGAGAGAUCAUAGAUUACCAUUACAAAGAAGAAGAUCAGAAGAGAACGAACAAGUUCAUACCAGACCUUCUCUAGGACCAAGAGGAAUCACCUAUCAUGUUCCAAGAAGAGUACCCUCAGUUGCAAGCGAUGAUACAGCCCAUUCAUCUCCCCAACAAGGGUCAGCUUCUCCAACUUCGACUAUAUCUACGAUUUCAUUAGCGGAUGGAGGCGUCAUGUUAAAAGCUGCCACUGUACCGACUGAAACUCCGAGGAAAGGAAGGAAGGCAAGAGUCAUGGUAGUCGAGGACAAUGUCAUUAACAGAAGAGUGUUAGGAGCUUUCUUGAAGAAAAAGGGCUUCGAAUACGCUGAAGCAGUAGAUGGUCGAGCCGGUGUGGAGCUGUUCGAGGAUACACCUGCCAAUUACUGGGAUGUAAUCCUCAUGGACAUCUCGAUGCCAGUGAUGAAUGGCCACGAUGCUACGCGUGCGAUUCGAAAGGUCGAAGCUCAGAGACGUGAUGCACCACAGGACAUACCAUUUGUUCCGCCACCAGGAAGACCUGUAUCCAUCCCUCCUGUCAAAGUGGUUCAAGCCAGAGCCAAAAUCUUCGCUUUGACAGGUUUAGCCACACAGGACGAUAAGAGAGAGGCAUUUGGAAACGGUGUUGAUGGAUAUCUAGUGAAACCAGUGUCGCUAGCUAGCUUAGAUGCCAUAUUCAAAAAAAUCGGAUUCUGA